AUGUGCAAUGGCGGACGAUACUUCUUUAUUUUCCCUCUUUUUUUUCUUUCUUCUCUCGUAUUCUUUCUCUUCUUGUCUUCGUUUCUCCUUCGUUUCUGUUUUUCAUUCAAACUUUGCUCAUUAUUCCUGAAGUAUAUAAUUUUCUUUUCCUCGUCCUUCCCUUUCUUCUUCUUCUUCUUCUUCUUCUUCUUCUUCUUCUUCUUCUUCUUCUUCUUCCGCUUUAUUCUUCUUCCUCCUCUUUCUUCUUAUUUCUUCUUCAUCCUCCUCUUACUUCUUCAUCUUCUGCUUCUUCUUCUUUCUUCUUCUUCCUCUUUAUUCUUCUUCCUCCUCUUUUUUCUUCUUUCUUCUUCUUCUUCUUUAUUUUUCUUCCUCCUCUUUCUUCUUCUUCAUCCUCCUCUUUCUUCUUCUUCAUCUUCUGCUUCCUCUUUUUCUUCUUCUUCAUCAUCAUCAUCCUCUUUCUUUUUUUCUUCUUCUUCUGCUCCUACUCCUCCUUCUAAUUCUUCUUCGUCUCUUCCGUCUUCUCAUCCGCCUAUUCGCUGUCUUCUUCUUGCUGUUCUUUUUCUUCUUCUUACCCUCCUUCUCCUUCUUGUUCUUGUUCUUGUUCUUCUUCUCCUUCUUCCUCUCCUCCGCCUCUUUCUUCUUCUUCUUCUUUUCCUCCUCUUUCUUCUUCUUUAUUUUAUCGCCUUUCUUUUCCAUGUUACUAUUUAUUUACAAACAACUUCUUCAUUGUUGUCUCUUGCCAUCUUCUACACAAUUUUUUUAUUUCUCGUUUUAUUCGUCCUUUGGAAUUCUUUUUUCACAUCUCAUUCUUUUUUUUCCUUUCUUUUUAUUUUUCAUUUCAUUUAUCUCUUUCUAUCACAUUUUUUCUUUCUCGUAAUUUUCUUCUCUCUUCUUUCUCUCCUUUCCGCUUUUUCUUUCAUUUCUUCUUUUCCUCUUCAUCCUUCUUUUGUCGACUCUCUUUCUUUCAUUACCUCUUUUCCUUUCGUCUCUUCUUUUUCUCUUGUCCCCUCUUUUUCUUUCGUUCCCUCUUCUUAUCUCUUUCUCUCUUUUUCUUUCUCACCUUCCCUCUUUUUCUUCUUUUAUCGCCUCUUUUUCUUCCUUUUUCUCUCUCUCGUUCACUCAUUUUCUUUCAUUCCUUCUUUUUCUUUUCUUCGUUUUCUUUCGUCCACUCAUUUUCUCUUGUUGCUUUUUUUUCUUUCGUGCCCUCUUUAUUCUCGCCCCCUCUAUUUCUCCCGUUGCCUCUUUUUCUCUCCUUUCCUCUUUUUCUCUCAUUCCCUCUCUUUCUCCCCUUCCCUCUUCCCUCUUUUUCUUUCCUUCCCUCUCUUUCUCCCCUUCCCUCUUUUUCUCUCCUUCCCUCUCUUUCUCCCCUUCCUUCUCUUUCUCCUGUUCCCUCUUUUCUCUCCUUCCCUCUCUUUCCCACCUUCCGUCUCUUUAUCCCGUUCCCUAUUUUUCUCUCCUUCCCUCUCUUUCUCCCGUUCCCUCUUUUUCUCCCCUUCUCUCUCUUUCUCUCGUUCCCUCUUUUUCUCUCAUUUCCUCUCUUUCUCUCGUUCCCUCUUUUUCUCUCAUUUCCUCUCUUUCUCUCGUUCCCUCUUUUUCUCUCGUUCCCUCUCUUGCUCCUCUUCCCUCUUUUUCUCUCCUUCUCUCUCUUUCUCCCGUUCCCUCUUUUUCUCCCCUUCUCUCUCUUUCUCUCCUUCCCUCUUUUUCUCUCCUUCCAUAUCUUUCUCCCGUUCCCUCUUUUGUUCUCCUUCCCUUUCUUUCUCUCCUUCCCUCUCUUUCUCCCGUUCGCUCUCUUCUCUCUUUCCCUCUCUUUCUCCCGUUCCCUGUUUUUCUCUCCUUCCCUCUCUUUCUCUCUUUUUCUCUCAUUCUCUCUUCUUUCUUCAUCUCCUCUUUUUCUUUCAUUCCUUUUCUCUCUCUCUCGUUCACUCAUUUUCUUUCAUUACUUCUGUUUCUUUCCUUCUUUUUUUUUUCUAUCGUCCCCUCAUUUUCUCUCGUUCCCUCUUUUUGUCUAGUCUCCUCUUUUUCUUUCGUUCUCUCCUUUUCUUUCAUUCCAUCUUUCCUUCUUUUCUUCAUAGCUCAUCUUAUUUUUCUUCCUAUCGAAUUAUUUCCUCUUUUUUUUAUAUCUUACGUUAUCUAUAUUUUAUAACUUGUUUUCUUUUUCAGAAAGUCGAUUUUUUCUUCGCCAUUUUCUUUUCAUUAAUUAUAUUAUUUCAUUCACGCUUAUCUCCUUCCUAUUUAUUUUACUUUUCUUCGUUUUCUUUAUUCUACAGUCCAUUUAAACUUUUAUUCGUUUUUAUUUUCAUUUUCUUCGUAAAUUCUUUCAGUGGUUCGUUCUUUCUAUCUCUUCAACUUAUUCCUUUUUUACUUUUGAUUUUCUUUCGGCUUUUAAUUCUUCAUUUCUUUUCAAAUUCUAAUCGCCUGAUUUAUUUUCUUUUGAUCCAUUCUUUCUUUCUUUCUUUCCCUUACCAUUUGUAUUUCUUUCAUUUUACAAGCAAGCUGAUUUCUCGUCUUCUUUCUUUUCCCAAUUGA